CGCGUUAGUCUGUCCACGUCGUCACUCGAAAUCUCUUGCUAGGCUUGCUUGUUCGCACACUUAAGCUGCUCCUCUUCAGCGCUCUCGCAGCACCCCGAAACGCGUCAAGAUGCAGCCCCUGGAACGAAGUGACAUAGACCCGCAUGCCGAAAGGACGCUUCAUGCUCAGGGUAGAGGAGAGAAAAGAAAGCUUCUAGUGCUAUCCGAAGACACCCUUGAAAGACAUAACAAGUGCUAUCGAAAGACGAAUGAAGCCUUCGGAAAGUCCGCCAUUCGCCAGGAGGGGGCGCUGGCUUACGAAGAGGAAAUGUAUCAUCUGCACUACGGCAAAAAAGUCGUAGCAUUGCACGACGGAUUCGUGCCUGGGCCCGACAAGAGAAGCAUGCCGCCGCCGUCGCCGCCAUCCGCCAAUAACAUGAACAUAUACAGCGCAACGCCCUCGUCCGAGACUCCGAUGCGUCGCUUCAUGUUUCCAAGCACGGCUCAUGACGCCCAGCCAUGGCUGGCACGAGGGAUGCUUGAAGACAGCGGAAUAGGCUGCGGCGACCUAGACAGCCUCGAGUUGAGAAGGCUGGCAGGGCAGGUCAUAGUUCCUGACGAGAAUGGAGAUGAGACAGAGGGCAGCCUGUGUCCUUCAUCGCCCACUCUGUCGAAUGCGCAAGCGAUGCGGGUGGUGAAAGAGAAGCAGGAAAGGGGAUCUAAAGAGAACCCGCGAGUCCGAAAAUUGAUAAAGAGACAUCGGGCGCAUACUUCUAGAGAUGCGCAGGAUUCAGGGAAUACCCCCGAGUAGAACAGGCUAGAGGCGGUACACCACACCACCUGCAGGCGGCUCUAUGGGCUCAAGCUGCCGGCAAAUGGUGUCGAGACGAGGAAAGAUGUAUGUACCUACAGAUGCGGUGGAUAUCAGAAGUUUCGGGUUUUCUAGUUCGUCUUGCUAGUAUGGAUAGGCAGCACAGGCAGUCAGGCAUGGUAUACGAUUAAAUGAGAGACUCCAAAACUGGUGGGAGCACGACGCUUUUGAAGACUUCUAAAGCCACAACAAAGACUGCAC